GUUUCCCUCCACAGCUCCCGGAGAAAUCCUGCUUCCGGCCAUCAAUUCCUUCCUGAUUCUCCUUCAGCUGAGCUGCCAUGCCUGGUGGGUACAAAGGGGAAUGUGGGGACGAUGUGGACCCAAUGCCCUUCCUGGCACCUCCCGACAAGGAGAGGAUAGAAGCCAUGAACAAGCCAUACGACAUCAAGAGGUCCUGCUGGGUCAAAGACGAGAAGGAGGGCUUUAUUGCUGGGGAGAUCCAGUCUGAACAAGGUGACCAAGUCACCGUGAAGACCAUCACCAACCAGACACUCACUAUGAAGAAGGAUGACAUCCAGCAGAUGAACCCACCCAAAUUCUACCAGGCCAGUGACAUGGCAGACAUGACCUUCUUGAAUGAGGCCAGUGUCCUGGACAAUCUUCGCCAACGCUACACCCACAUGAGGAUCUAUACCUACUCGGGCUUGUUCUGUGUGACAGUCAACCCCUACAGGUGGCUGCCCAUCUAUGGGGCCCGGGUGGCCAACAUGUACAAGGGCAAGAAGCGCACAGAGAUGCCACCCCACCUCUUCUCCAUCUCUGACAAUGCCUACCAUGACAUGCUCAUGGAUCGUGAAAAUCAGUCUAUGCUAAUCACUGGAGAAUCUGGUGCUGGCAAGACUGAGAACACGAAGAAGGUCAUCCAGUACUUUGCCAAUAUUGGAGGAACUGGAAAACAGUCCCCAGAUAAAAAGGGGUCCCUGGAGGAUCAAAUCAUCCAGGCCAACCCCGUGCUGGAGGCCUUUGGGAAUGCCAAGACCACCAGGAACAAUAACUCCUCUCGCUUCGGCAAGUUCAUCCGAAUCCACUUUGGGACUACAGGCAAACUGGCCGGAGCUGACAUCGAGAGCUAUCUCUUAGAGAAGUCUCGCGUCAUCUCCCAGCAGGCAGCGGAGAGAGGCUACCAUAUUUUCUACCAGAUUCUCUCCAAUAAGAAGCCUGAACUUGUCGAGAGUUUGCUGCUGGUCCCCAACCCCAAGGAAUACCACUGGAUCAGCCAAGGUGUCACCAUGGUGGACAACAUGGAUGACGGGGAAGAGCUACAGAUCACAGAUGAGGCCUUCGAUGUGCUGGGCUUCAGUGCAGAUGAGAAGAUUGGGGUCUAUAAGCUAACUGGGGGGAUCAUGCACUUUGGGAACAUGAAGUUCAAGCAGAAGCCCAGAGAGGAGCAAGCUGAAGUGGACACCACUGAGGUGGCCGACAAAGUCGCCCAUCUCAUGGGACUCAAUUCCGGGGAACUCCAGAAGGGCAUCACCAGGCCCCGGGUCAAAGUAGGCAAUGAGUUUGUGCAGAAAGGCCAGAACAUGGAGCAAUGCAACAACUCCAUUGGGGCUCUGGGCAAGGCCGUCUAUGACAAGAUGUUCAAGUGGCUGGUGGUCAGGAUUAACAAGACCCUGGACACCAAGAUGCAGAGGCAAUUCUUCAUCGGGGUGCUGGACAUUGCCGGCUUCGAGAUCUUUGAGUUCAACAGCUUCGAGCAGCUGUGCAUCAAUUUCACCAAUGAGAAGCUGCAACAGUUCUUCAACCACCACAUGUUCGUGCUGGAGCAGGAGGAGUACAAGAGGGAGGGCAUCGAGUGGACCUUCAUUGACUUUGGCCUUGACCUUCAGGCCUGCAUCGACCUGCUGGAAAAGCCCAUGGGUAUCUUCUCCAUCUUGGAGGAGCAAUGUGUCUUCCCCAAAGCCACGGACGCCACGUUCAAGGCAGCCCUGUAUGACAACCACCUGGGCAAGUCCAGCAACUUCCUCAAGCCCAAGGGAGGCAAGGGCAAGGGGCCUGAGGCCCACUUCGAGCUCGUCCAUUAUGCAGGCACAGUUGGUUAUAACAUCACGGGCUGGCUGGAGAAGAACAAAGACCCCCUGAAUGAAACAGUGGUGGGCUUGUUUCAGAAAUCAACUCUGGGACUCCUGGCCCUUCUCUUCAAAGAAGAGGAGGCUGCAGCUGGAAGCAAGAAGCAGAAAAGAGGGUCCUCCUUCAUGACAGUCUCCAACUUCUACAGGGAGCAGCUGAACAAGCUGAUGACCACCCUCCACAGCACUGCCCCCCAUUUUGUCCGCUGUAUUGUCCCCAAUGAGUUUAAACAGUCAGGUGUGGUGGAUGCCCACCUGAUCAUGCACCAGUUAGCUUGCAAUGGUGUCCUGGAAGGCAUCCGUAUUUGCAGGAAGGGCUUCCCAAACAGGCUGCAGUACCCAGAGUUCAAACAGAGGUACCAAGUGCUGAACCCCAACGUGAUUCCCCAAGGGUUUGUGGACAACAAGAAGGCCUCAGAGCUGCUUCUUGCAGCCAUCGAACUAGAUACCAAUGAAUACAAAAUUGGACAUACAAAGGUGUUCUUCAGAGCGGGCAUCCUGGCCAAGCUUGAGGACAUGAGGGACGAGCGUCUGGCCAAGAUCAUGACGUUGCUGCAGUGUCGACUUCGGGGUUUCCUCAUGAGGGUCGAGUUCAAGAAGAUGCUGGAACGAAGAUUAGGCCUGAAAGUCAUCCAGAGGAAUGUGCGCAAGUUCCUACAGCUGCGUUUGUGGGGCUGGUGGAAGCUAUACAACAAGGUCAAGCCACUCCUGAAUGUGGCUCGGCAAGAGGAGGAAAUGAAGGCCAAGGAGGAGGAGCUGAGGAAUGCCAUGGCCAAGGCUCAGGAACUGGUAGACAAGGUCAAGGAUCUGGAAGAGAAGACAGCCACACUCAGCCAGGAGAAGAAGGACCUCACCAUCCAACUGCAGGCCGAGCAGGAGAACCUGAUGGAUGCAGAGGAGCGCCUGACCCAGAUGAUGAAGUCCAAGAUGGAGCUGGAGAGCCAGAUCUCUGACAUGCGGGAGCGGCUGGAGGAGGAGGAGGGCACAUCGGCCUCGUUGAGUGCCAGCAAGCGCAAGCUGGAGGGGGAGCUGAGUGACCUCAAAAGGGACCUGGAGGGCCUGGAAACCACGCUGGCCAAGACAGAAAAAGAGAAGCAGGCUCUGGAUCACAAGGCCCGCACCCUGUCAGGAGACCUCUCCCUUCGUGAAGACAACAUCGCCAAGCUCCAGAAGGAGAAGAGGGCCCUGGAGGAGCUGCACCAGCUGGAAGAUAAUUGGGAGCAGGAAAAGAAAAUCCGGGCGGAGGUAGAAAAGGCUCGUCGGAAAGCUGAGGGUGACUUGAAGAUGACCAUUGACAACCUCAAUGAAAUGGAGCGCUCCAAGCUAGACCUCGAGGAGGUGGUGAAAAAGAGGGAUAUGGAAAUAAAUUCUGUCAACUCUAAAUAUGAGGAUGAGCAAUCUCUGAAUUCCACACUGCAGCGGAAGCUAAAGGAAGUGGAGAAACAACGUAGUGACCUGUCCCGGGACCUUGAAGACCUCAGCGACAGGCUGGAGGAGGCUGGUGGAGCCACAACUGCUCAGACAGACCUGGGGACUAGUCCCUUAGAUAUUGGCGACUGGCAUGUUUUUCAUCCAUUAUUUCUCCCAUUCCUUUCUCACCCAGCGGAAAAUAGUGAACUGAGCAGAGAAUAUGAAGAAUCGCAGAGCCGACUCAAUCAAAUCCUACGGAUAAAAACAUCUCUGACGUCCCAAGUGGAUGAUUAUAAGAGACAGCUGGAUGAAGAGUCAAAGUCUCGCAGCACAGCUGUAGUGAGUCUGGCCAACACUAAGCAUGACCUGGACCUGCUGAAGGAGCAGCUGGAGGAAGAGCAGGGAGGCAAGUCGGAGCUGCAGCGCCUCGUGUCCAAACUCAACACUGAGGUGACCACCUGGAGGACCAAAUAUGAGACUGAUGCCAUCCAGAGGACUGAGGAGCUGGAGGAGACCAAGAGAAAGCUGGCUGCCAGGCUCCAGGAAGCAGAAGAGGCAGCUGAAGCUGCCCAGGCCCGGGCUGCCUCCCUUGAGAAAAAUAAACAGAGACUCCAGGCAGAAGUCGAGGACCUCACCAUCGAUUUGGAGAAGGCCAAUGCUGCAGCAGCUGCCCUGGACAAGAAGCAGCGAGUGUUUGACAAGAUGCUGGCCGAGUGGCAGCAAAAGUGUGAGGAGCUGCAGGUGGAGGUGGACAGCUCACAGAAGGAGUGCCGCAUGUACAUGACAGAGAGCUUCAAGAUCAAGACCGCCUAUGAGGAGUCCCUGGAGCACCUUGAGUCAGUGAAGAAAGAGAAUAAGACACUGCAAGAGGAGAUAAAGGAGCUCAUUGAUCAGCUGGGUGAAGGAGGGCGGAGUGUGCAUGAGUUACAGAAGUUGAAGAAAAAACUGGAGAUUGAGAAGGAAGAACUUCAGGUGGCCCUGGAAGAAGCUGAGUCUUCCCUGGAGGUUGAAGAGAGCAAAGUGAUUCGGAUUCAGCUGGAACUGGCUCAGGUUAAAGCUGACAUAGACCGGCGAAUCCAUGAGAAAGAAGAGGAAUUUGAAGCUACAAGGAAGAACCACCAACGGGCCAUCGAGUCCUUGCAGGCCAGCCUGGAGGCAGAGGCCAAGGGCCGGGCAGAGGCACUUAGGCUCAAGAAGAAGAUGGAAACAGACCUGAAUGAGAUGGAAAUCCAGCUAGACCAUGCUAACAAGAACAACAGUGAACUUGUAAAGACACUGAAAAGACUGCAACAGCAAAUCAAGGACCUUCAGGUCCAGAUGGAUGAGGAUGCCCGGCAACAUGAGGAGCUGCGGGAACAGUACAACCUGCAGGAGCGGCGCCUGAGCCUGCUGCAGACGGAACUGGAGGAGGUGCGCUCGAGCCUGGAGGGCAGUGAGCGCUCUCGCAAGCUGCUGGAGCAGGAGGUGGUGGAGAUUACCGAGCGGCACAAUGAGGUCAACAUCCAGAACCAAAGCCUUCUCGUGGUCAAGCGCAAGCUGGAGUCAGACGUCCAGCGCAUCUCCAACGAGCAUGAGGAGCUCAUCAGCGAGUUCCGCUCUGCCGACGAGAGGGCCAAGAAAGCCAUGACAGAUGCUGCCCGCAUGGCAGAAGAACUUCGGCAAGAGCAGGACCACUGCAUGCACCUGGAGAAAAUCAAGAAGAAUUACGAGGUCACCAUCAAAGACCUGCAGGCCAAGAUGGAGGAGGCUGAGCAGCUGGCUCUGAAGGGAGGGAAACGUACCAUCAUGAAACUAGAAGCCAGGAUCAAGGAAUUAGAGACGGAGCUGGACGGCGAGCAGAAACGACAUGUGGAGACAGUCAAGACGCUGCGCAAGAAUGAACGUCGCCUCAAAGAGCUGGUCUUCCAGACGGAGGAGGAUCACAAGACCAACCAGCGCAUGCAGGAGCUGGUGGAGAAGCUGCAGAACAAGCUGAAGGUCUACAAGCGGCAGAUCGAGGAGGCGGAGGAGCAGGCCAAUCAGACCUUGGCACGAUACAGAAAGACAGUGCACGAGCUGGAUGACGCAGAGGAGCGGGCUGGCAUGGCGGAGACUGCCCUCAACAAGCUGCGUACCAGACACCGCGUGGCCGGCAAGGGCAUCACCUCCGUGGAGAUCAUCCAAGUGUCCAAGACAGGUUCCUCCAAAACCCUAUCUGAGGAAUGAGGUCCUCCAAGACCACAGCCGGUGAUACAGAUUUCAACAGCAGCCCAUUGAGAGGAAGAAAAUGUGAAAAUGGAAAACUGGGACUAUCUUGAGAAUGUUUACUAUGCAAAGGAAAGUACAAGCCAGAAAAAGUCAAAUGCUGAAGAAUAAGAAUAGCAAUGGGGGGAAAAUUAUUUUGGGGAUGUAACAUCCAGUCAUUAGAGAAAUUAAACUUAAUGUAGCUUCUUUGGGGCUGCAUCAAACAUUUGGAUUACAAUAACAAUGGGUCUGUUUUAGUUGAGAUCUUACAUGUUCAUGUCAACGACGGAAUAUGUGACCUGGCUGUUCUCAUGUUGAUAAUUGUAAUGCCUGUCUCUGUCCCCAUAUAACCUAAAUAAAAGAAACAUGAAUAAGG